AUUGCCCGAUGACGAUUGGUCACAUGAUUAGCUAUUCGUCAAAAUGGCUGCGCCCAGUCCUGCUGGUAGCAUCUUUGCAGGAAGGCCUCGAACAGGCUCAACAAAAUUCCCUCCCACCCAGUUAGAUGCAGACGGUCGAGAAGUUGAGGUUGAAACAAGAGAAGAUGAGGAGCAAAAUGUUAAACUACAACAGACGAUUGAGUUGCUCCUUGCCGCAGGCUAUUUCAGAGCCAGAAUCAAGGGACUUUCUCCAUUUGACAAGGUGGUUGGUGGUAUGACGUGGUGUAUCACCACCUGCAACUUUGAUGUAGAUGUGGACCUGCUCUUUCAAGAAAACUCCACUAUUGGUCAGAAAAUUGCCCUGACAGAGAAGAUCGUAGCUGUGUUACCCAAGAUGAAGUGUCCACAUCGUAUUGAGCCUCAUCAGAUUCAGGGCCUGGACUUCAUUCACAUAUACCCUGUCGUACAGUGGCUGGUAAAACGUGCUAUUGAGACCCGAGAGGAGAUGGGCGACCAGAUUCGCAUGUUCUCUAUGUCUCAGUUCAACAAGAACUAUGCUACUCCCGAGGAUCAAGCAUUUGAAGAAGUUAAACCCAGAGCUUUGUCGACAGUUGGGAGUGUGAAGGAUGCCUACAAGCCCCAGCGGCAGUAUCGACGCAGCGACACCGCCAAGCUUAGGGACGAGGAGACGAGGGUCCACUCGACGCUGUUGGAGUAUGGGAGGCGGUAUGGUGUGAGCAAGACACCGAAGGAGGAACAGGAAGAUGAAAAAGCAGCCAAGAAAAAGGCAGUGGCUGCUGGUUUGUCUGGGCAACAAGUGCCUGAGUCUACUGAAGAGACACAGGAAGAGGAAGAGCGUCGAAUCAAAAUGCUGAUGAGUGACAUGUUGGCCACAGGAGCGCUAGAGGGCAAGUUAACGGCAGGUGCUGUUGGGUCCAUCGUGGGCAUGCAAGCAGGGGAGAUUCAGCAGAUCGCGUCCGAGUAUGCCGAGAAACAAGCUGAGAUUGAACAGAUCGAGAAGACGGAGCGUGUAGGUGGCGCUCAACAACACAAACGAGUCACCACUGCUCUCCGGAAACAGAUUGAACAACAGAAGACCAAACUGGAAGAGGUAACAGCAAAGCAUGCAGAACUUCAUCAGACCUACCUGGACACCCAGGAGAAGCUGAAGGAGGUUCAAGACAAGAGUGAAGCUAUUGACACUGAAAUGGAGAAACUGGCCGAGGUCGAAACAGAGGAGAAUCAGGGAAUCCUGACCAGUCUGAGGUCCUUGGUGGCCAUGAAUGAGAACCUCAAGAAGCAGGAGCAAGAGUUCAAGGCCCAUUGCAAGGAGGAGAUGGUUCGACUCAAGGACAACAUCAGUCGGCUGAAGGAAGACAUAGAUGAAGACGACUCUGAAGACAAGGCACGAGCUGGGCUGAUCGACAAGCAGUACACCGCAGACAAGGAGAAGCUCCAUAAGAUACGUCUGCUGCUGGCCAGGAAGAAUCGCGAGAUCGCAGGUCUGCAGCGGAAGAUAGAUGAGGUUCCAACAAGGGCAGAGCUCAGUCAGUAUCAGCGCAGAUUUGUGGAGCUGUAUAGCCAGAUUGCUGCAAAACACAAGGAGACGAAGCAGUUCUACACACUCUACAACACUCUAGAUGAUACCAAACUCUACCUGGCAAAGGAGCUGAACCUGCUGAACUCCAUCCAUGAUAACUUUUCUCAAGCCAUGGCAUCUCAGACCAACAAGGACCAGUUCCUCAAGCAGUUUGAGCAGAUUGUGGAAGGAGUAAAGGGCAACAGGGCAAAGGUGGAGAAGAAGAAGCAGGAGGAGAAGAUGAAGCGGGACCGUCUGAACGACGACUACCUGAACCUUGUGGAGCAGCAGAGGCUGUACUUCAAGACUGUGAAGGACUUCAAGGAGGAAUGUCGCAAGAAUGAAACUCUCCUCCGGAAGAUGAAAGGAUGAUGAACCGAAACCUGCUAUACAUCCUGACUGUGUGCAAUGUAUUAUGUGAUGAUUAAAGUGAUUCCUAACUUA